AUGGAUCACGCUUCUCUAGUUGAUUAUCGCAGCACAAUUUCUGCUCGUCCAACAUUUCAACGCACGAAUGGAUCAAAUAUUACCAGCUCAACAUAUAGCACUACCCCAUCUGGUGGUCGCAUACUUAAAACUGUUACGGAAUUUGGGUCAUCAUCUAUCCAUAGUGGAGGAUUAUCGCCUUUCGGACAAAGUGCUGCGUCAACCAUACGUGAUACACGUGAACGUGAAAAGAAGGAAAUGAGCGAUUUAAAUGAUCGUUUAGCUUCUUAUAUUGAGAAGGUUCGCUUUCUUGAAGCUCAAAAUCGUAAACUGGCUGCUGAUCUUGAUCUUUUGAGAGGGCGAUGGGGAAAGGAUACAAUGAGUGUACGUUCGAUGUAUGAAGGAGAACUUCAGGAGGCUCGUAAAGUGGUUCGAGAUACAGAACAUGAACGUGAAGAUCUUGAGAGACAAAUUCGAAAAUUAACUGAAGAGCUCGCUGAAUACCGUCGAAAAUACGAUGAUGUAUUACAUGGGCAUCAAAUCGAUCGAAAUACUAUCGAUGACUUACUGAGUGAGCUAUGUGGUCUCGAAGCUGAGAUUAAUCUUUUACGUCGAAGAGUUGCAAAUCUUGAAGAGGAGGUCAGUCGAAUCAAAAAGGAUAAUCUGCACUUCGCCAACGAACUUAAUAAAGCUAGAGCGAAUUUGGAUCAAGAAACUUUGAAUCGUAUCGAUUUCCAAAAUCAAGUUCAAACUCUACUUGAAGAAAUUGAUUUCAUACGACGCGUUCAUGAACAAGAAAUUGGGGAACUGCAAACUCUUGCAUCACGCGAUACCACACCGGAGAAUCGCGAAUAUUUCAAGAAUGAACUCUCAUCCGCUAUUCGUGAUAUUCGCGCUGAAUAUGACCAGAUUUGUAAUGUGAACCGCACUGAUAUGGAAUCUUGGUACAAGCUUAAAGUGCAAGAGAUUCAAACUCAAUCAACUCGUCAAAGCCUCGAACAAGGUUACGCGAAGGAAGAAGUUAAACGAUUGAGAGUUCAACUUUCUGACCUCCGUGGAAAGCUUGCUGACCUUGAAGGCCGCAAUUCACUGCUCGAGAAACAAACACAAGAAUUAAACUAUCAAUUAGAAGAUGAUCAACGCUCAUAUGAAGCUGCUCUUAAUGAUCGAGAUGCUCAAAUUCGAAAAAUGCGUGAAGAGUGCCAAGCACUUAUGCUUGAGCUUCAAAUGCUUCUCGAUACUAAGCAGACAUUAGAUGCAGAAAUAGCGAUCUAUCGUAAGAUGCUAGAAGGAGAAGAGAAUCGUGCUGGACUUCGUCAGCUUGUAGAACAGGUCGUAAAAACUCAUGGACUAUCGCAAGUUGAUGAAACUGAUACUCUCCGAGUUAUGAAAGGCGAGACUGCCAGCAGGACUUCGUUCCAACGCUCAGCUAAGGGUAAUGUCUCCAUUCAGGAUGCUUCGCCUGACGGUAAAUUUAUUUUACUUGAAAAUACUCACCGUUCAAAAGAAGAAUUCAUUGGUGAUUGGAAAUUAAAACGAAAAAUUGAUGGGAAACGCGAAAUUGUUUACACUUUCCCAAGAGAUUUUGUCUUGAGACCAGGAAAAUUUGUUAAGAUUUGGGCUCGUGGACAAGGUGGUGUCCACAGUCCUCCAGACCAGUUAAUUUUUGAAGGAGAAGAUACAUUUGGAUCUGGAUCCAAUGUUCAGACUAUUUUAUUCAAUAGAGAGGGAGAGACCAUUUCAACAAAAUAG